UUGACUGGCAGCACGUGGGUGGUGGUUGCUACAAAGUUACACCGUAUAGUGGCCAGAAUGGGAACUUUUUCAAAACAUCCAUCCAUCUAAAAAGGAAAGUAUCAAAGUUAUCAGAUGUAUUUUAGUAUGUAGUGGCAUACGUUGUUGAUCGUCGAAUGUUGAGCAUAAACACCCGAACGCAUUUUUUGUGGGCGGAAACCUCCUGUACGCUUGAUGUUGCAUUCACCAAACAACAUACCAUCCAAAAUGUGACGUUGUACUGUACGCUAGCAUUUGGCGUAGUCUUCUACGCACGAUAGUAGCUUUCACUCAAAUGACAUUUAAAUGCCUACACUGUACAGCACUGUAUAUCGGUACUCAAAAUGUACGAAGAGUAACAUUGUUUCAAUGUACUUUGUAACAAACCGCGCUUGAGUUGACUCUGCUUUGCAACCUCAUUGUUAUUUGUACCCGAAUCUAAUUUGCCCCGACGUUUUUGACACGCAUUUGAAAUGAACGAGGAGAAAGACUUUUUGCAGAAAAUAAGGCUGGGGUUUGAAGAACUCUGUCGAGCUUUGAAUAUGGACGUGGAGGCGAGCAACGAAGCAUGGAGGAGUUACGAAAGCAUAAGCAAAAAAUACACAUUAGAGGGCAGUGACCUACACUGGCUGGCCUGUGCCAUCUAUGUGGCCUGUAGAACACCAGUACCAACAGUGGAUAAGGGUACUGCAGAGGGAAACUACGUCUCUCUGACCCGAAUACUUCGCUGUUCAGAACAAAGCCUCAUUGAGUUCUUCAACAAGAUAAAGAAAUGGCAGGAUAUGGCCAGUGUUCCUCAGGACUUCCGCCAGAGCACGGAGAAGCUAGAGAGAAAUUUCACAGUUUCCGCCGUCAUCUUCAAGAAAUACGUCCCCAUCUUCAAAGCCAUCUUUAAGGCGCCCUCGGAUGAACCGCACAGAGUCCACAGGAGCCAUAAACAGAGACGCCAUCCCUGCACCGUUGCUGAAGUGUUCAACUUCUGCUGGAUUCUGUUUGUCCACGCUAAAGGAAACUUCCCUAUGAUCAGUGAUGACCUGGUGAACUCGUACCAUCUCCUUCUGUGUGCUCUGGACCUGGUCUUCUCCAACGCCCUGCUCUGUAAUACCAGGAAGGAGCUGCUCAACCCCAACUUCAAAGGCCUUCCUGAUGACUUCAGCAGUAAGCACUACAAGCCCACUGCAGGGCCUUACUGCUUCAUAGAGCAGCUGUGUGAACUGCAUGAUGGCCUGGUGCUGGAGGCCAAAGGGGUGAAGGAACACUUCUGGAAACCCUUCAUUAAUAGGCUCUUCCAUAAGAAGAUUCUCAAAGGGAAAGAAGAGAGCUUGACUGGCUUCUUAGAUCCUAUGAAUUUUGGAGACAGUUCUGUGUCCAUGGGCCGUGUGUAUGAGGAGCAUGUUCUGGCCACUGGAGGUCUGGAUGAUAGGAUAUUUUUGGGAGAGGGGGCCAAUGAAGACAUUGGCACCCCAGGCCCCUGUCUCUGUGAGGGAGGGGAGAACCAGGACGCCUCAAGAUACAGACUCUACAGCAGUAAGACUGCCUCAGUCCUGAAGGUGUCCACUCCCUUUACGGGUCUUAAUUAUGUCCAGGACAACAGUCUGUGUACGCCGGUCUCUACUGCCAUGCAGAGUGUUGGUCGACUACACAGCCUGCUCACUGGACUGAAGCGCGGCCCCAGUCGGAGACUCACAGACUUACUGAGGGCGUGUGCCAGAGACCCCAGUGAGGUCAUCUCCACUAGGCUGAAGGACAUGUGUCAGCUCUUCUGCCAGCACUAUGAGGGCAACGGGGAAGAGAACACAGGACUGGGGAAAGACAUCACGGUGUACUUCUGCCUGGCGGAGGCGCUCUACUAUAAAACCCUGGAGGCCGUCAUUGACCAGGAGAAGAAGAGACUGGGCAACUUGGAUCUCUCUGGUAUUCUGGAGCAGGAUGUGUUCCAGCGCUCUCUGCUGGCCUGCUGUCUGGAGAUUGUCAUCUUCUCCUACCGACCCCCAGGGGACUUCCCACGAAUCAUACACAUUUUCCAGCUCCCUGCAUACCACUUUUAUAAGGUGAUCGAGGUGCUGGUGCGGGUGGAGCAGGGUCUGUUCAGGAAGGUGGUGAAGCAUCUGAACCAGGUGGAGGAGCAGGUUCUGGAGAGCCUGGCCUGGAGGGGGGGAUCCCCGCUGUGGGACAGCGUCAGGGGGGCCAAGAACCAACCACCCUCCUGCCAGGAGGUGAUGCCAUCACAGCAUCUGGAAGAUGGGGACGAAGCCGCCCCUCUCACCCCCAACAACCAUGGCACUGACCUGGGCGCCAACCGUGGUGGGAAAGGUGUGUCCACCACCACCAUGUUGGACCGCUACAGCUGCCCCACCACGGGCUCGGCCAGGAGACGGCUGUUUGUGGAUGUGUCCUGCGACGCCCCCUCGGACCCCUCCACCACCACCCCUACUACCAACCUCAGGACCUCCCAGGCCAUCCCUGCUGGACAGACGGUGGUCACCAUGGCAACGGCCAAAGUUACCGCUAACAACGGACAGACGGUCACCAUACCUGUGCAAGGAAUAGCCAAUGAGAACGGAGGCAUCACCUUCAUCCCUGUCAAGGUCAUUGUGACGGGACAAGGUACGGCCACGCUCCAGCCCCUGUCUGCCCAGUCCCUGACUGGCACUUUGACCAGCCAACCACAGACCACCACCACCCUGAACAGUCCCACUCUCCAGGGCAGCCACGCCGCCGGCAAGCCAAUCAAGAAGCCGGCAGCCCAGGGCCCGUCCAAUAACGGGCCUCAGAAAAAGAGUUCCCUCUCGCUGUUCUUCCGCAAGGUGUACCACCUGGCCAGUGUGCGUCUCAGAGACAUGUGUGCCAAGCUGGACAUCUCUAGUGAGCUGCGGAGGAAGAUCUGGACGUGUUUCGAGUACUCUCUGGUGCACUACACAGAGCUCAUGAUGGACCGACACCUAGACCAGCUCCUCAUGUGUGCUGUGUACGUCAUGACCAAGGUGACCAAAGAGGACAAGUCCUUCCAGAACAUCAUGAAGUGUUACCGCUCUCAGCCCCAGGCCAGCAGCAGCGUCUACAGGAGUGUGUUGAUCUCUGGGAGGAAGAGACGUCACUCAGGAAGCAGUGAGGGAAAUGGACAGAGCUCUCCUACACAGACCAGCCAUGAGGGUAGGAACACAAACACACACACACACACACACACAAACGCUAUUUUCCAUCUCCCUUUCUCUCUACGCCCCUUAGGAAGUGGAGACAGCAGCCCCGUACCCAUGCGUUCCACCAGCACCCUACCCACCCCUCAGCCUGGCAGCACCCCAUCCACCCCCACCCUGGCCCCCUCCACCUUCCUCUCCUCAUCCCUCCCUCCCUCCCAGCAGCAGGAUGAUGAAGGGGGAGUGGUGGUGGGGGGGGAGCAACGAGGAGACCUCAUCCACUUCUACAACCGGGUCUACAUCAAACAGAUGCGCCACUUUGCCCUGCGCUACUCGCCCAGCUCAUCCUCUGCAGGGCUAGAGUCUCCUCCCCUGUGCCUGUACCCCUCCCUGAGGACCAGCUCCCCUCGCAGGGUCCUCCUGUCCCACAACCACUCCAUCUAUAUCUCUCCCCAUAAGGCUAGUGACAGCCCCCCCACCGCUACCGCACAGGACAAGAUAUUCUACUACAUCUGCAGCGGCCCAGCCAACCGCCUGGCGGAGAUCAACAGUAUGAUCCGCACCGGGGAGACGCCCACCAAGAAGCGCAGCAUGCAGCUGGAGGAGGAGCCGUCCCCCAAGAGGUUGUGUCCGAACAACCAGACAGCCCUCUUCCGCAGGCUACAAGACGUGGCCAACCAUUGUAGCUCCUCCCACUAAGGUUGAACACACCCCCUUCAGAACACACCACUGGCUGAAGUCGGUAGUCACCAUACUAGACUGCCAUGUUAGAAACAAAUAAACUGGCAACAUCAUCAAUAUCAAAAUUGAUGAGGAUACAUUUGUUUUUCAUAAAGGAUAAGAUCUUCUAGUCUAAGGUUAGUAUGAUGGUUUAAGUUCAGAGUUAGCCUGAACUAUUGGUGGUUGGUAGUUAAACAUCAGAUUUUAGGUUACUUCCGUGUGUUCUAGCAUGGCCAGAUUGUAAGUCCCUUAACACCAUAUUUUUCUAUAUACACCGAGUGCACAAAAUAUUAGGAACACCUUCCUAAUGUUGAGUUGCUCCCCCCAUUUUGCCCUCAAAACAGUCUCAAUUCGUUGGGGCAUGGACUACAAGGUGUCGAAA